AUGUGGGGUGUAAAAUUUAUUGGUAUAUUGGCUUUAGCAUUUGUUGUCUGUGCCACUGACCUCGAAGAAGGUUUGGCCAUCAUGGCUUGUGCCAGUAGAGCUAUGAAAGUUGGAGUUCCUUCAUUGGGCAUUCCAACCUAUAAUCCUCUUAAGCUGAAAGAUAUAAUUUUUGAAAGCGACGACUACCCAUUGGUGUUCAAAUUCGAAUUCGAUAACAUAACCUGGGCGGGUCUUCCCAACUGGAACUUGUCGGCAAUCCAAAAAAGCAAAGACUCUGACAGCGAUGCUGUCUUCGAUUACGAACUCUACUGGAAACAUAUAGAAUUCGGUGCAAAAGUCUACAAUGAAUCUGUCGUCUCCGAAAUUUUCAAGAUUGAAUUGGAAGACACUACAUGGAAAGGUGAUUUCAAGGUAACCAAACCAAAUGAACACAGCAACGGUACCAUUAAUAAAGUUGGAGUCCGAUGGGAGACCAAAAAUAUAACUGCAAGUUAUACUACAUCUGACGACGAGGAAGUUAAAAUAUUUCCGGAAGAAUUUAUCAAAAUUAUUCAGGAUAAAAUAGAAAGUGACAAUCUUAGAAACUAUAUUGGAGACCAAAUUUAUGAGAGUCUUGAGGACGUAUGGUGGAACACUGGAAAAGUGUGGGACCUCGUUCAAUGGUGCGAAGACAACCCAGAUAAUUCUGCCGUUUAUUAG